AUGCUCGACACAUUUCCCUCCAUCAAGUUCGGCCUCAUGGUUGAUAUCGGUGGUGGCAUCCCUCCAGAAGUUCGGCUAGGCGACGUCGUGUUUAGCCCAGCAACCGGUCAGUAUCCCGGAAUCGUGCAGUGGGAUUUCGGCAAGGCUGAGAAGGGCGGACAAUUUGAUAGGAAAGGCGCUCUCAACAACCCGCCUAGCGUGCUUCUGACGGCGUUGACCAAGCUAGAGACGACGCGUGAGAUGAAGAGAUCUCAGAUACCCAGAUACCUGGACGAGCUGGCAACCAAGUGGCCUGACCUGGUGCCCAAAUACAUCAAGUCUGAUUCCCUCAAGGACCCUCUGCUUUCCUCAACGGGUCUCCCAGACGAUCGUCACCCUGUGGCCGAGAACAGGGUAGUUGGUGGAGGAGAACAGGAGGCACCCAGAGACAUACAAGUCCAUUACGGCCUGAUUGCUUCCGGAAGCCAGGUCGUCAAGGACGCUGUCUUCCGCGACAAUAUCAACCGACAGCUGGGCGGCAACGUGCUAUGUCUUGAGAUGGAGGCAGCAGGGCUAGCCAACGACUCUCCGUGCCUCGUCAUUCGGGGUAUCUGCGACUACGCUGACUCUGGGAAGAACAAGGAGUGGCAGGAGCACGCAGCUGCUGUGGCUGCGGCGUUUGCCAAAGAGCUUCUGUCCGUGGUGCCGGCCCAGGAGGUCGACCAGAUGUGCAAUGCCAAAAUCUUACUAGAAAUUGAUAGCAAGUUGGAUGAAAUGUCGGAAAAAGUUACCCACCUCCAUUCUGCACAGCGCAAUCAAGAGCAUCAGGACAUUCUUGAUUGGCUCACAACCAUCGAGUAUGCGCCCCUGCAGCAUGAUAACCUCCGAAGGCGCCAGCCUGGGACGGGGCAAUGGCUCUUAGACUCGGAACAGUACCAGGCCUGGCUGAAGACAAGUAGGCAGACCUUGUUCUGCCCGGGCAUCCCCGGCGCAGGCAAGACUAUUCUCACGUCAGUCGUGGUUGAUGAUGUCGGAAAAAGAUUCAACGGCGAUAGAAACAUUGGAAUCGCCUACAUCUAUUGCAACUUUCGGCAACAAGACAAUCAGAGGAUUGACAAGAUGCUAGCGAGUCUUUUGAGACAGUUGGCUGAACGACAGCCCUCCCUCCCAGAAGUCGUCAAAGAUCUUUACAACCGCCACAAGCCUAAAAAGACACGACCGUUGGUCGACGAGAUUUCGACGACGCUUCGCUCGCUAGCAAAAACGUAUGUUCGAGUCUACCUUCUCGUCGAUGCGCUGGAUGAAUGCCAGGCAUCCGAAGGCAGUAGGGCAGAGCUUUUGAGGGAGUUGUUUGCGCUCCAGAAGAGUUGUGGCGCAAGUCUCUUCAUGACAUCGAGGAUCAUGCCCGACAUCCAAGAGAACUUCACAGACAAUGCCAUAGAGUUGGAAAUCCGCGCCUCUGAGGAGGAUGUGGGCAGAUAUCUCGACAGCCGCGUUGACUCUUUAUCAAAGGUGGUUCGAAGCAACCCAAAGCUCCGCGAAGAUAUCAAAACUGAAGUGGUUAGAGCGGUCAACGGAAUGUUUCUCCUCGCGGAGCUACACUUGAAUUCCUUGAAAGGCAAGUUUUCAUCAAAAGACAUCCGAAGAGCAUUGAAGGCGCUGCCGACUGGAUCCACCGCAUACGACGAGACGUACAAGGCCGCGAUGGAGCGCAUCGGAAGCCAGGCGAACACUGAAGUGUUUUCAAAGAAGGUCCUGGCGCGGAUUACCUGCACUCGACGGCCCUUCACAACGUCCGAGCUCCAGCAUGCACUCGCCGUGGAGGUUGGUGAGACGGAGUUUGAUGAGGAGAGCCUCCCCGAGGUUGACGACGUGGUUACUUGCAUGCACUACACAGCGCAGCAAUACUUUGAGCGGACGCAAGGGGACUGGUUUCCCACUGCAGAGGCCUAUAUCACAACCGCCUGCGUCACAUACCUCUCGUACAAAACCUUUGAAAGCGGUCCCUGCGAAACAAAGAGCAGGAUGGAUGAGAGACUGUGGUCACAUCAACUCUACGGCUACGCGGCGAACAACUGGGGGCAUCAUGCCCGCAUAUCUCUAUCCACAAGCAAGGAACUGAUCGAGUUUCUGCAGAGUAAUGGGCAGGCCGAGGCCGCUGCCGAGGACCUGAUGGUCAUGACCGAGUCUUGGAACUACAUGGAGGCUCCACAAAGAAUGACCGGCCUUCACCUGGCGGCUUACUUUGGAAUGGCUGAAGCAAUGGCUGCCCUUCUGACCCAUGGGCAUGGGGCUAUUGUCAGCCUCCUGCUGGCAACAGAGGGGGUUGAUGCCGAUUCAAGAGAUGGAACUGGAAGCACGCCACUGUUCCAUGCCGCUGAGAAUGGACAUGCUACUGUCUUCAAUAUGUUGCUCACUACAGGCAAAAUUGACAUACAUGCAGAGAACCGAAUUCGUCAGACGCCGGCACGGGUAGCUGUGGAGAUGGGGCAUACGGACAUUGUGGAGCAACUGCUCAGCAUAGGCAAAUUCGACGUCAACUCGAGGAACGGAUCUGGUGAGACGCCCUUGAUUCGGGCCGUUCGAAGGAGACACGAAAACCUCGUCAAGCUGCUGUUGGCCGUAGACGAGAUCUAUGUCGACUUGAGGGACCGAUUCGACCAGACGCCGUUGUCGUUUGCAGCCGAGGACGGGCUCGAAGCCAUAGUCGAGCUGCUGGUUGACAUCGGCAAAGCUGAUGUCAACCUGAAAGAUCGAAACAACCGGACGCCUCUGUUGUUUGCAGCUGAGAAUGGUCACGAGGGGGUGGUCAGGCUGUUACUAGGCCCAGGCCAGGCCCACGUUGACGCGAGGAACCAUACGGGCACAACUCCGUUUCUGCAUGUCAUAUACGAUGGCCACGAGGCAAUCGCCAGGCUUCUUCUAGCCACAGGAAAGGCUGGCAUCGACAUUCCAGAUGGAUCCGACUUCACUCCGCUACUGAUGGCCGCGUAUCAAGGGCACGAAUCCAUUGUCAGACUCUUGUUGGAGACGGGGCAAGUUGACGUGGACGCCAAUGACACCCACGGUAGAACACCUUUACUAUGGGCUGCCAUGAAAUGGAACGAGCCCAUCGUCUGGUUGCUUCUCGAGCAUGGCGCUGAGUUCGACGUGAGAUCUAGAGAUGGCCAAACGCUAUUGUCGGUGACCAGCGCGAACGAGGCCAUCACCAAGAUACUGCUGGCUGCGGCAGCUACCAAGAGGGAUGAUCCUAGCCAGAUCCCAGCCCUGUUACUUGCUCAGAGAGGGCACGAGGCGGUUGUCCAGUUGAUACUUCCAAGCAACAUGUGUGUUGAAACGAACGUUGACAGCAGCCACCCGUCGCCAUCAUGGGCCACCGAGUACAACGACAUGGUUAAGCUGCAACUUGCAAAGGCCAGGUUUGACAUUGACGCGAAAGACCAGGACGGCUCAACAUUACUCCAUUAUGCCUCUCAGCACGGACACGAGGCUAUCGUUAAGCUGCUCCUUGCGACGGGAGCGGUCGACAUCAGCACGACGAACAAUUCAAGCCGGACACCUCUAUCCUGUGCCGUCGAAGGCGGACAUGAGCCCGUUGUCAGGCUACUUGUCGCAAACAGCAAGGCCAACAGCUUCACUGGCUUCUCACAGGAGACGUACACUGCUCUUCUGCAAAAUAAGUCAAUGAGCAACCUGAUUCUCGCCUCAUUCGAGGCCAAUGUUGACGUAAAAGACAGCAGCGUGAAGCCGUUAUUACGUGUUGCCGAGUACGAGACCAUGUUUAGGCUCCUAAUGGCCACUGGCAACUUCGACAUCCAUUUGAGGAAUUCCGGCGUGACGUUGCUGUGGCUAGCUGCCAGAAAUGGCCACGAUUCACUCCUCAAACUGCUGCUUGAUACGGGGAAGGCUGACAUCAAUUUGCGAUAUAGCGCCGGCCUCACGCUGCUAGCCAUAGCCACCAUGAAGGGGCAUGAGAAUAUCAUCAAACUAUUGCUCAGCACGGGAGAGGUCGGCGUCAACUUGAGAGACAAUUCUGGGAAAACGCCUUUAUACUGGGCAGCUACACUUGGCCACCGGGACCGCGAUAUCGAUGGCUAG